GCUGAAAUCAUAGAACAAAAGACGAUGUAGACAGGAAACGAGUUUAUGUUGGUUGACCAGUUGCCUUUUUAACAAAUUUAACCUAAUCUAUACGAUUUAUAUGAAAGUCAAAGCACUCUGAUUUUUAAGAGAGACUGGUAUGCUAAUUUUUUGACACCACAAUAUCCAGAAGGAGACGGCGAACACAAAGACCUGCGCGAGGGUAGCAUCAGCGCAGGAGAAGAGGGCAGACUCGAGAUGAACAUGGUGCCUUCAGGCAUUUGGAAAUUGCUCCCAAGGAUGAACCAGACUUAGGGUCCACAAUUUUUCCCAUGAUGUCAAGCAAAGAGGCACUGAGUUUGAAGUGAACCUGGAGUAUCAGCCCAGCUCUGGCACCUUGGCAGAAUGUACCCAAUGGAUCCAGAGAAGCACAGUCAGCGGAGGGAGUUUAGAGAACCAGAGGCAUGCAGUCGGAAGAGGGAGUAUGAAGAACCAGAGAGGUACAGUCGGCGGAGGGAGUACGGAGGACCGAGCUCAGGACAAUGGGACGAUAGCCUUGAGAAGAGAGGCAAUGGCCAGGCUAUGCCCCGUGAGCCCUACAGUGAAUACUCCAGCAUGAGGAGGACUAGAGAAGGUGGGAAGGAGUCUGGUGCUUCCUCUGCUAUGAGCUACAUCAUGGACCCAUCGUCCAGAGACUCGAGCAAAGGCUCAUUCAGGGGUAGCAGUGCUCCCUUCUCCCCAGACACAGAUGGAGAUCCUGUGAAGCUCAGUGUGGAGGACCUGGAACUCGCUCGUAAGAAGAAGGAGCUGAAGGUCAUAGAGGAGAAGAUAGCUCACAAGAAAGCUGUUCUUGCUCUGCAAAAAGUUAAACGCGGCGCUAAGGACAUGCCUGAAACACAGGCUGCAUCCACAACAGUGAAGGGCAUCUCUAAACAGACCAAGAUCAACAAUACAAUAUUCAAAACAUACAACCAUGUCACCGACAAGUCGUCACGCGUAUGCCUACCUCUUAAACAGAGGGUGCUGGACAUUCUGAGUAAGUUCAGAAGAACAGCGGUACGGUGCAUGCGUAAGCCGAAGAAACAAAACAACAUGCGAGCAUUGGAGCUGAUGAUUAGCGCUCCCCUAGAAAAUGAAGAGGCCCAUCCUUUGAGACUGAGAGUGAAGGUUUUAAUGAACCAACGACGCUCUCACAACAAUAAGGUGGUCCCUAAUGAUAAACAACAUAAUCCAACCAUUCAGGGACCAGAUCACUCACUCAGGACACAGGAGAAAGACAUAGCAGCCACAGGCUUCCAGCGCUUCCUCAAUGUUCUCAAUGAAGGUGUGGACAUCAACAAGCUCUCAAAGAUCGUCAACGAUGAAAAUGAGCCACUCAUUGUGGGCGAGGAGCUACCACAAGUUUGGCCAACUCUGCUCGAGGGUCAUGUUGACUCCAGCAGUAGAUCCAAGUCUUCUCCAGUUGAGGAGAAGAAGGUGAGGCUUGAGGAUGAGCAGCGGUACGAGCGGAUGCAGACCCUCCUGGAGAUCGUUGGGCUGGACUUGGGGGUUGAGGAGUUGGGUCGGCUAACAGACAGGACCAAUGAUAGGCUGUAUGGGAAGAUGGGAGACUUGAAAAGGGACAGAGAGGACAGAGCCAGAGAAGGGGAAAGUUCUACGAGAGAGAGAUGCGGGCAAAGAUGCUCUAGUACCAGAGACAAGGACAGAGUCAGAGAAAGGGACAGAUCUGAGAGAAAUCGAAAAGGAGACGGGCAGAGACACUCUAGUACCAGAGAGAGAGACGAGGACAAACCGGUAGUCAGAGAAACGAACAGAUCAGAAAGGAACAGAGAUAAAGACGUGGACAGAGACCCAGAGAAGGACUGGGACGGAGGCCGAGAGAGAGACCGGGACAGAUCUAGGAGAGACGGGGGCAGAUACAGAUCUGAGAGAGACAGAGACCCAGAGAAAGGCAGGGACGGAGGCCGAGAGAAAGACCGGGACAGAUACAGAUCUGAGAGAGACAGAAACCGGGAGAUAGACAAGGAUGUAGACUGGUGGCUGCAAAGGACCAGAGACGGAGACAAACGUUCUAGGGCCAGAGACUGGAACAGAGAGAGAUCUGAGAGGGAUAGGUAUGGGGAUGAGUCCAGGGAACGCUCCAUUGAGCUCAACUCAUACCCCAUGGACCCUAUAUUCCCUGUUUCUCAUCCUCAUGCCUCUAUGAUGGCUACCUACUCCACCACCCAGUACUCUCAGUAUAUGGCAUACCACAGCAGCCCCUACACCAUUGCCUUCCCUCCAGGGUGGGGUUAUCCCCCUGGUACCAUGCCCCCUGGUACCAUGCCUCCUGGAAUCAUGCCCGCUGGUGCCAUGCUGCCUAGUAAUAAGCCCCUCCUAUCUAACACCCCUGGGUAUCCACCCUACCCCAACUACCCCCCAUAUUACUCUUAUGGCACCACAGCCUUAAACCAGACAUACGCAUACACCCAGCCUGCCAGGACUACAGCAGUCUUAAGUCAGAGAUGCACAUACACCCAACCCGCUAGCAAACGCAAGAAAAAUCAACAGAGGCAUGACCUAAGGAAAGUGUCCUGUCAGAUGGUGACAAAGAAGUACGCCGUGGUUUUGACCACUCCGAUAGCGACAAAGAAGUCCCCCUCUGAACCAGGGUCCAAGAUUAAAGCAAAGGGGAGAAACAAUAUAUUCUUCACAGGUAUAUUCAUGAAGAGUUAUCACAGUCAUCUAAGGAAGUUUCAGUAUAAUUUGAAACGGCUUGCGAAGAGGAAGAAUAAGGCUCACCAGCGCAAAAGAAAGCGAUUGCUUGCAGAAGCAGCAGGGAAAGUGGCCCCUCAUUUCCCUCUUGAACCGGAGCCCAAGAAAGACCAAGAAGGAGGAGCAAUGAUAGAUGGGGAGAAACUACAUGCUGACACUGCUGGAGAAGUGAUCCCUCAGGAAGCUGCAAAUAAUUUGGAGGCACCAUCUGAAACAAGGCCUAAGAAAGAACCAGAAGGUGAGAAACUACAUGUUGACACUGCUGGAGAAGUGAUCCCUCAGGAAGCUGCAAAUAAUUUGGAGGCAUCAUCUGAAACAGGGCCUAAGAAAGAACCAGAAGGUGAGAAACUACAUGCUGACAAUGCUGGAGAAGUGAUCCCUCAGGAAGCUGCAAAUAAUUUGGAGGCACCAUCUGAAACAGGGCCUAAGAAAGAACUAGAAGGCGAGAAACUACAUGCGGAUGCUGCAGAGAAAGUGGCUCCUCAGGUGACUGCAGUGGACUCUGCGGCCCCCUCUGAAAUGGGCCCCAAGAAAAAAAAGUUGUAUCCAGGUAUCUUCAUGAGGAUUCUAAUGAGACGUCUAAAGAGGCAUCAGUACAAGAUAAAAAGGAAGAAGAAGCAUUUUGCAAAGAGGAGGAAAAAGGCUUUCCAGUACAAAGGGAAGAGACCAUUGGUAGACACUAAGGAAAAAGUGCCUCUUCUAGAGGCUGCAAAGGACUCUGGGAACCCUUCUGAACCAUGGCCCAAGAAAAAGAAAAAAAAGAAAACACUAGAGGAAAAAGGAGGUAUAUACUACCCAGGGAUAUUCAUAAGGGUACACAGAACCUAUUUGACAAGGGGGAAACUGUCAAAGGCAAAAGCAGCUGCUGAAGGCACUGAGGCCAUUUCUGAACCAGCACCCAAGAUUGAAGGGGAGGGAGGAAUGACAGAAGGGGAGGAACUGCUUGCAGACACCAUAGAGAAAGGGGUUCCUCAAGUGGCUACAAAUGACUCUGGGCUUCCCUCUGAACCAGGGCCCAACAAAGAACCAGAAAGAGAGGAAGAAACUAUGUUAGAAGAGGAGAAACUGCUUGCAGAUCAUGUGGCGAAAGUGUCUGUAAAAGGCCCUCAGGUCCUCUUGGAACCAAAGGCUGAGGAAGACCGAGAAGGAGAGAACGACGCAAUUAUAGAUGGCGAGAAACUGCUAGCAGACCCUGUGGAGAAAGUGGCUAUAACGGGCCCUGGAUUCCUCUCUGAACCAGAGGCUGAGAAGGAGACAAGGGGAGAAACAACCAGUGGCAUGAGAAUUAAUGGAGGAAAAAUAAGAGUUCAACCUGAAGAUGGGCACGCCUAACAUAGCCUCAAAGGAUGACUAGCUGUUAUCUUCACUUGGCAUCAUGAGCUCAUCUCCCACUAGAAUAGAACCUGACCCAUCCAGACCCUAUGGACAUCAGUUGGCUUAUAUUCUUACCUAUCAACCAUUUAUAGAUUUGUAAUGAUACUAACAAAGGAUUUGUUAAAGUUUAGUCUUAUCCUUAAAUGCUUCGUAUUGAAGUUAUUUUCAGUGUAAUUUAUGGGUAUUGUGUGUGGGGUAUGGGUAGGGUCUAGCACAUUCAUAUAUGCUAAGUACCUUUAGCGCCUAUUGAUGAUAGUAUCUUCUGGCCGGGGGCGUUUAAUUAAGAGCCCCGACCCUUGCAUUAAAUGUUAACGCGCAUCGCUUGCGGUCUGAUUUUGGAACAUAAGGAACUAUCUUUCAUAUCAGCGGGACAAAAAUGCACAUUUAUUGGGUUAGGGUUCCCACACGGCCAUAUUUCCAUGUUACAGUGCUUGUUUACGGAAAACGGACGGAAGACGGGAGUCGACUACCUGUGCUAAUUACCGAUCUGCAUCUCCAAAACCCUGUGUGUAAACGGAAGAUGGACGCCACAAACUCGCUGUCACUGAAAAAUACUGUCGGCUGCAACUGUUAAAACCGGUUUUAUAAAAUGGGUGGUUUGAGGCCUGAAUUCUGAUUGGCUGAAAGCCAUGGUAUAUCAGACCGUAUACCAUGGGUAUGACUAAACAUUUAGUUUUACUGCUCUAAUUACAUUGGUAACCAGUUUAUAAUAGCAAUAAGGCUCCUCUGGGGUUUGUGAUGUAGGGCCAAUAUACCACGGCUAAGGGCUGUGUCCAGGCACUCCGUGUUGCGUCGUGCAUAAGAACAGUCCUUAGCUGUGGUAUAUUGGCCAUAUACCACAACUCCUUGGGCCUUAUUGCUUAAAUAACAGUAGAGUAAGUGUACAUUUUGCAUAUGAAAGAUGGCUUUAUGUUUAUAGAACCGUACCGCAAUUUAGAUGGAGUAUUUGGCUGCCUGAGACAAUUUGCCUGUUCUAAACCAAAUAAGGGCGUGGGGUUUACUUGGUCUGGUCAUGUGGUCAGGAAAUAUUCAUGGCCCUAGGCAUAGUACAUGUGUAUCAAUGCAUGAAAAGACUAUUGACGGUAUUAUGUUUGUAAGUUAUCAUGCCUGAUAGCUGAAAGUAAGAACUGCCCUUGUUUCAUUCCCCAGUGCAGUCAGCCCUCCUAUUUCUAUAGAUCUUUCACUUUGUAAAUAUGUAAUUGAAUAAAAUAUUCGGUCUAUUGUAA